UGUCUCCAAGCUCCAGGUGACCAUGGCCGCAAGCUGGACUUGGAAAAUUGAACUGAGCUCCUGGCUGCCCCAUCACGCUAGAAGGAGAAAGGUGCCCCCCUACUCCGAGUCCUAGGUUUCAGCGCGAUUUUUUGCUGCCUCGCACUGCAGGUGGGGCUGCAUUGUAUCCACGCUACAAUCAGGAGCCAUGUCGCAGCCGACAGGCCGGCGUCUGGACCGCUCCUUGAGCAAGCAAAGGAGUUUGAGCAAGCAGGGGUCCCUGCCAGCUCUGAAGCGCAAGCAGAGCCAACCCCCUGGAGGCAGCCUCCCCUCUCAUGACGAAGAGUCUCAGCUGGAGCAACCUUUGGUCGAUCAGGAGCAUUACUCGCAGAGGAGUCAGUGGUUGAGGGCAGCGGUCCUGGGGGCGAAUGACGGCCUUAUCAGCACGGCAGGCAUCAUGAUGGGUGUGAGUGCUACUGAUGCAGACCCAAGGAAGAUGAUCAUCAGCGGAGUUGCGGGACUAGUCUCAGGAGCACUCAGCAUGGCGGCGGGGGAGUACGUCUCUGUUUCCUCCCAGCGAGAUGCAGAAGAAGCCGACAUUCAGCGAACGGCAGACGGGCGCGCGCAAGGGCCUGCGGCGGAGGCCGCGCAGCUGCGGGAACUGAUGGAAAAUUUCGAGGAACAGGGCCUGCCCCCGAACCUCGCAAAGCAGGUCGCGGAACAUCUAUACAAGCAAGACCCGGUCAAGUCGUACGCCAGGGUCGAAAUCGGUAUUGACAUGGACGACCUAACCAGCCCCUGGCUGGCCGCCAUCAGUUCGGCGCUUUCCUUCUCCGUCGGCGCGCUCAUAGCGAUCCUGUCCGCCGCUUUCAUCCGCGAUUACGUCACCCGGCUGGCGGUCCUGACUGCCACUUGUACGGGGGCGCUGGGUGCGUUUGGGAUCUUGUCGGCCCAGCUCGGGGGUGCGCCCUGGGGGCGGGCGGCCGUUCGCGUUGUGUUGGGGGGGUGGCUCGCGCUGUUCAUCAGUUACGUCGUGUUGCAUUACUUCGACGCUGCGACGUAAGAGCUUCUGCAAACGGAGACGUGUGGGGUCAAUUUCUGCUUAAUAGACUAGGGUCGGGUUGGAUAAGGCUUCGCAUUUGGACACGGCUCCUUACCAUGUCCACGACAUGUCAAGAGCAUUCUGACCAGGCAAUACAUCGCAGUCGCGCAUGCGUUGGCUAGAAGGUCCUUAUGGGCGUGAUAAUCGAACGCGUAGACGAAGAAGCACAUGACGAUUUGCAAGCAUGUGCAAGCCGCCCAGCUCGCAAACGGACCAAAGGUUGUAUACUGGAUAAGGAACCUUGGGUGACCUGAAAACAUUGUAAACUGGGGACAGGGUGCAGGCAGUCACGGUGUUGAAUAGGUACUCAUAGCUGGACAGUUGGAUAAAUUACCGCGCGCACGCACUGCAGCGGCCUGAGGACGCCGUUCAAUGAACCCGACUAAGGUUCCGUUGAAAUUAUUGAUGGUUGUAAUCAACCGAGCCG